AUUUUUGCCAUUAUCAGAGUCAUGUGUUCAACCUUAAAGAUAAGCAACAUCCAGUCAUACUUGACCAGGAAAUUGUGAGGGUAUUCCCACUUCUCUUCCUUCCCGUUUAUUGUGUUGUGAUCGACGGAGCCGAAGAUGAGCCAGAUCCCGACGUGAUUUAUUUAUUAUUUAUUGCCGCCUUGUCUCGCACAAUGUCUGAUCGGAACUUCCACACCAGCCACAACAAUUAGGUGCUUGUCAGUCAGGGACAAUAGGGCUUUGGGAGGAGGAAGGAACGGUUUUCGAUUUUCAAUUUCCAUUUCUACAACAAAAUGUUGUCUUCAUUGCUGCGGCCCAAGAAGAAUCGCCGACACGUCGAGGAAACUUCUGUUUUCACCACGCCUUACGAACAACGACGACACGCCACUGCAGAUUUUACAGAAGAUGAUGGCGAAGACGAGGAGUCUGAUGAGGAAGAGGAGGAUGGGGAGGAAGACCUAGAUGAGGAAGAUGGCGCAGAAGAUUCUCCUCUACUGCCCAUCUUCUCCGCUGCCCAUCUUGAUGCUCUACCUGUCUAUAACCUCACGCAUGCGAUACGAUUGAUUGUCCUCCCUCGAACCGAAACUACAUUGACCUGGGACCAGCUUCGAUCGCCCCAGGUCUCUCAAUUCCUGGUCAAACCGAUGCAGCAGCAGAUUCGAACAUCACACUUCUCCCGAGCGACGUUAUAUGCCUUGAUGGCCAAUUGCUUGCAGUUCCAGAAAGAAAGCCAGGCAAACCCAGGAAAUGCUGGCAACAGUAGGACGAGAGCUUUGGUCUGCGAAUUGCUUGCAAUCAAACUGUUGAAGGAAUACAAUACACGAGAACUGAUCGAUGCCUUGUCGUAUGAUUUUUAUCCGCUGCAAGGACUCUCUGCUCCUGUCUCACCCAAUGGACAAGUUCGACCUCGACCUGUGGCUGCACGAAUAUCGACAUUGGAAGUGGCUAUUAGAGCGUCUGCAAAACGAUUCCUUGCACAUCCUCUUGUUGUCCAACAACUCGAGGCCAUCUGGGCUGGUACUAUAGUAUUUCAUUCAGCAGCAGACAAUCUACAUCGUCGACAACCUGAGCCGCAGAUGCAAGAAUACCGAAGACGAAACGAGAGCACACCCUUUUUGACAGUUCCAGGCCAAAAUACUGGUUAUGGAACGGCCAAUCGAGGCCACACAUCUCCAGAUAAGGAGCCGCCGCCACAAUUCUCGACUCAGGUGCGAAGAACCGUCACGCUCUAUGAUCCACGAGACGCUUCGCUGUUCAAGCUCUCUAGAUUACGGGUUCCACGAUACAGACAAUUCUUCUCGACUUGCUCUCUUGCUAUACUUCUUGGCCUUUUCAUCGCCGUCCUAAGUCAGCGCUCGACGGGAAUUACAACCCUGGAGGUCGUUUUCUGGUUUUGGAGUUUUGGCUUUAUGCUGGACGAGGUCGUCGGCUUCAAUGAGCAAGGCUUCAGUCUGUACAUCAUGAGCUUUUGGAAUGCUUUCGAUCUAGGCAUCCUUCUACUUCUCACCAUAUACUAUUGCAUGCGUUUAUACGGCCUAUUUCUUGUUGGAGAAGGGCGGCAUGGUUGGAACAGUAUGGCGUACGAUGUCCUCGCUACUAAUGCGAUCCUGUUAUUCCCACGACUAUUCAGUGUGCUGGACCAUUAUCGAUAUUUCUCUCAGCUAUUGAUUGCUUUCCGAUUAAUGGCCAUCGAUCUUGUAGCUGUUUUCGUGUUGGUGCUGAUUGCUUGCAGCGGAUUUUUUGUCGCAUUUACGUUGUCAUUUGGUGAAGGGCAAUACGACGCAGCAGAAGUGGCAUAUAAAAUCUUUCAAAUUUUGAUGGGAUUUACACCCGCUGCAUGGGAAGCGUGGGAGACCUACAAUGGAUUGGGAAGAGCUCUGCUUGUACUAUUUCUGUUUAUUUGUCACUUCUUGAUUGUCACCAUUCUGAUCACAGUCUUGACUAAUUCCUUUAUGGCAAUCGUGUCAAAUGCGGAUCAGGAACAUCAAUUUGUUUUUGCUGUCAACACAAUCUCAAUGGUCAAGAAUGAUGCUCUAUUCUCAUACGUUGCACCGAGCAACAUCUUUGCUUGGAUGCUGACCCCUUUGAGGUUCUGUCUUCCAUUCCGACUAUUCGUCAAGACCAAUCGGACGAUUAUCAAGAUCAGCCAUUUCCCUUUACUCUUCGGUAUCUAUAUCUAUGAGAGAAUCUUUCUUGCUCGGACCGUCUUUGAUCCUGCAGAUCUCAUCGAGAACAACCCUCGGGGCAGAAGAAGAAUUAUUUCUUUCCAAGAUACCAAGACUGCGCUAUUCAGUCCCAAUGCUCGACUACGUCAAGAAUCAGUCGCUGGCUUUCAGAAAGACAAAGCUUUGGAAGAAGUAUUUAGACUCGCACCGAGGCCCGAUACUUUGCGAAGCACUCGCAGAAGUAUCGAGCGUCGGCAGACUGAGAAUGUUGUUAGCAAUUGGAUGGAUCAUCAUAGUGGUGUAGCAAGUCCACCUCAAGAGCAAGAUCGUUCGAUUGUUGAUCGACUAGAGAUGAGGCGGCAGGCUAGAAAAGCUACGAUGUUGAGACAUCGUGGUAUCUCUGGGACAAGAUCAGUUGCCAGCGAUCCUGCCGAAUUCAUGUCACAUGGUGGCUUCGAUCAUGGCGAUCAGGACAACCCAGCAACCCCUGAAAAUGUGGAUGAUCAUUCAGAUGAGGAUGGCGAUGAUGAACUGAAUACCCACGACGACGAUGAAGGGUUUACGCUUGAUAAGGCAACAACACAUACUCGAAGUCGAGCAACCAGUGCCGAUAAUACAGGAAGCUACUUCGCGACCCCAACGGCCACCCGCCCUGACACAGUCGUUCCGUCUUCUGUCUCGUCCCGCAAGCAACGAUUCGAGUCCAAUCUUGUAGUACCGCCGAAAUCUCCACCUCGACGCCGAGGACAUGGUCGCAACCUAUCAAGCAACACCAUCCUGUACAAUCCGGUUGCAGAUCGAAAUUCUUCUGCAUCGCCACCCAGAUCUCGACCUCUGACGGCGAAGCAUCACUCGAAUGUCAAUACGAGAGCUCAUACACCUACUGGACAUCGGACGCCAAAGAAUUCAAUUUAUGCCCAAACGAAAGCAAGACCGAUCAUGCCCGCGCGACAGAACUUCCAAUCGGUUCCCAAUUUUAAUUUAGAUUCUCAACUGGCCACUGGCAGUAGGACUCGGCAGGUUCGUCACAGGAGAUCAAGUUUUGACAUGGGAAUGUCUGAAAUUGGGCUGGAGAACAAUGCUCCAGGUAUGUUGGGCGGUGUUCCCAGCUCGUUUGCAACUCAACUAGCUAUGGCGACCGGUGGGUUGAAAGCAUAUAAUCGAGCUGCAGAGAAGGGUGAGGAUACCGACGGCAUGAUGGGACGGCUGAUGCUAGCGCGAAUGAAGACUUUGGAGGAAGGAUUCGCUGAAGUUGUCAAGGAAUUCAGAGGCAUGAGGACAGCAGGCAACAGCUCUGUGGAAAACGACCCUCCAUCGAUAAAAGGCAAAGGCAAGGAGAAGGAGAAAUCUCGUCGGAAGCCAAAGAAUAUCGGAAUGGCGAGGACGACAAGUGAGGUUGAUUUCGCCAAGAUGGAUAGGAAUAUUGAGAAACUAGGUCAGAAAGAAGAGGUGCUGAUGGGAGAAGAUGUUUUGACUGAUAGAGAUACCCCGGAAGGCGACAUAAUUCGACGAUAUAUCUCCAAAGGGAGCUCAUUGUAAUUCAGGUUUUGGUGUGGGAGUUGAGGUACAUAGAUCUGGGAUCGGUAUUUAGUUGCUAUUGCUUGUUUGAAUAUACCCCGUUCGUUCGCUUGACGAACUUUCUUGGAGUUUUCAAGGACCAGCACAGUUUUGUUCGGGGUUUGGGUGUAUUCUUUUAUGUUGCAUGGGCCCGUGAAGAUUAGCAAGGUUCUGGUUAACAAGGUUCUGGUCAACAAGCGAAUUUUGAUUUGGGAUUUCGAUCUACAGAUGACCAAUCAAGUGUUGGUUGUCUACCUAGUGACCAACUUGGGUCUUUUGUCGCGCCUUUACCUGAUAAAGCAGAAGGUUCUGGACAACAGUGAUACACCACCGGCAAGACGGAGCCAUAUCACGCGGCAUCAAUAGUUUGGGAC